AGUAAUGCGCUGCUUUUUAAUUCGUCAUAGAAACAGUGCGUGUUACUUUUUCAUAUAUGCUAGAGGCCUAUAUUUAUUCUAAUUAUAACUACUUUGUUUUACAUUGAUACAAACAAUGAUCAUAAUUGAAACUUAUGACAAUGAUGACCGAAGCUGCAAUCACAACAAUCUUUUUUGUUUUGGGAGUCUUUCAAAAAGGUCUAACAGCUGUGGUACAAACACAGCAGACUGUGAUGGUAAAAGUAGGAGAAGAUGUUCAUCUCAGCUGUCAGCUCAUGCAGACUAAAGAUGUUCUUCAGGUCACCUGGCAGAAAGAUUUACCUGAGGGGAAGAAGAAUAUCGCCACAUACAGUGAACACUUUGGACAAACAGUGAAUGAUGGUUUUCAGGAUAAAUUGGAGUUUAAAGAUGCUGGACUGAAGAACUGCUCCAUAGUUAUCAGGAAGGUGAUGGAGCAGGAUGAAGGCUGCUAUCUCUGUUUGUUUAAUUCAUUUCCUGAUGGAUCACUGACAGGAAGAACCUGCCUCCAUCUCUAUGAGCUGCAUGAACCCAUUCUACAAAUCAGAGAAUCAAACUCUACUGAAGAGACAGUUGUGUCCUGCUCGGCCACAGGUCGUCCUGCUCCCACAGUAACUCUGAAUGUCCCACAACAAGACCUCUACUUCUCUAACAGCAGCACAGUCAGUGUCACCAACACCAACGCUACAGUCACUGUCACCACUACAACUGUGCUGUCUGGUUUCCAUGGAAACGGUGCACAGGUUGGAUGUGCAGCACGACUGCUCUCAGUCCCUGAAAUUCAGGUGUUUAAGACGAUUCCUGCAGUCAAACAAUCAUCUGAUGAUGGUUUUGAUGAUGAAUAUGGAUCUGAUAAGAAUCACACUUUAAUUGGUGCACAGGUCACAGCAGUGGUCAUUGUUUGUUUUGCUGUAGUCAUCACUGUUAUCAUUGUCCUGCUACGAAAACAUAAGAACAGGUGCAGAACAUGUUUAAUAAAGCAGGAAAAUGAGCAGAUGAGACUACAGACACAUCAGGAGGAAAAUCAAAAAGAAGAGAAAACAGAAUAAACACAGUUUGAAGUGUAGAAACAAACAACAGUGUAGUUUCAAUCAGUCAGACUUGAACAAAGCUGCAUCAGAGCAUGUGUAUUAAAAUGUUCAGACAUUGUUUCCUGUACAAGAUGAAUCUCUCAUCUUAUAUCUGCAGACAAAAAAGAUGAAUGUACACAGAGGUUGUGAUGUUUUUAUACCAUUUUUUAAACCAUAUUUUAAAUAACAUUUUAAAC